AAUCCUAUGCGAUCCAAAUCGAUGUCAGUUAUGUUAUAGUUCUUGGCGUUGUACGAUGGGCUCUUUGUGGCGACUUCUGAACACUUUUUGUUGAUAAAUAGUUGUUUUUUGUGGCUGUUUGCAGAGGAAGACACUGCAAUGAUGGUUGGGAUUAUAUUAUAGUAGCUAUCAGAGGUAAAGGUAACAGAUUAUGACAUCCCCAGGUCACAAUCCUCACCUGUUUAGGUGGAGGAGGCUCAGCAAGAGUACAACAUCUGCAGACAAGAUGCAUGUGAAGAAUGGUGAUGUCGACCAGUGGAGAAAGCGCGUGGAGGUGGCCUCUGAGUUUGCUGUAUCUGAAGUCUUCUCCCACAAGAAACCUCGUUCAAGAACCAACAGCCAAGCUGUACCACUGCAAAGCUCUGACCAGUUAAGAGAUCAUGAUGACGCUUACAGUGAAGCCCAGGCUCUCCUUGGGGAUUGGCUGAACAGUAAGUUGCGGCUGGAGCUGGAAGUGGAGGAGGAAGAUGACCUGAUGUGCAGCGGAGACAGGAGAAGCACCACUGCACUGGCUAGUGCUCAGCCUGCCGCCCUCAACUACAGCAACUUUGAUGAUCUGUACAACUGCCUGGUCGAGGAGGAGGAAAACAGUGCUGUUAACAGCUUCCUACAGGACCUGAUGGAGCAAGAGGUGUUGGACUCUGGGGUGAUGGAGGAACUGGCGCUGGAUGUUGGGCAAACCAGGAAGAAGUUGAGAGAUCCGAUUGUCACCAUGGAAGCAAGACAUCUGCAGGUGCGAGAGAACAGAGCCCUGCGGGAGGCUGAGAGGCAGAGGCAACAGGGAGAGAGGGAUGCCCGACGGGGUACCAGAGAGGAGGCAAAGAGGAGGGAGCGAGAGGAGGAGACAAGAAAGAAGCAGCAGGCACGUAGACAGGAGGAGAUGGUGCAACAGGAGAUGGUGAGACUGCGACGGCAGAUGGAGGAGAGGAGAGGCCUGGAACAGCUGGUUCGACAGAGGGAAAGGGAAAGAGUGGAAGGGCAGAGGGCAACCAGAAGCCUCCAGUCAGCUCCACCACCUCCCACAAAACAGCAGCCGCAGGACACACACCAACUUUAUACAGAACAGAAAAUUCAAUCCAUGGUCCACAUGGUUAAUCUCAAGUGUCUGCAGAAGCAUUUCUCUGGAUGGUAUUCGGUGGUGUUGGACCGAAGGCUACGUUUAGGUAAAGCCAAGGCCCUCUGUGACUGGAAGCGGCAGCUGAGAGCGUGGCGAGCAUGGCGGGCGGUAGCGUGGGCAGAACAGCAGAAGCGAGAGGUGACGAGAACAGAGGAGGAUCUACGAGCUGAAAACAGACAAUGCCAGCUGGCUGUGGAGAGUGACCGGAGGCGGUUGCUACGGCGAUGUCUGAAUGAGUGGCAGCUAUGGUGUCGGAUGGAGAAGGAACAACGAGAGCUUUUGGCCCAGCAGCAGGAGACUCGGCGCAGGAUGGCUGCCUUAAUCAACGCUGCGUCAACAGGCAAAGUGAAGGCCACAGAAAUCCAAACUUUUCAGCCAAUUAUGGCCCCACCUGAGGCAAAUCCCCGAGCAAAGACCACAGAGAAGGAAGAUCACCAGAGGUCAAACACUUCCGCCCCCGGCGCCUCUGCAGUACGUCAGAAUAAGACUCCUGUGGGUGCUGUGGCCCAGCUCACUCAGCCAUGGCAGGUGACCCGACGCCAUGUAGCACCGACAGCCGCCGAGCUCCAGGAGGCACAGCACAAAGGUCAGGGCGGCGACUUUACCAGUUCAAAAAGAAACACAGUGUCGGGCAGCAGGUUUGAGAACAGACACGCCGUCCAGCAGCAGAUCAUCACGCAGCAGAGGAAGCUGCUGAAGGAGCAGCAGGAGCAGAUCGCACACAUGAAAGAGGAGCAGAGCAUGACGGCGUUGGAGCUGGAAAUUGAGAAAACCACACAGCUCACACAGCUCACACAGCUCAUAAAGCCAGGAGGCUCCAGACCAAAGAGCCAAAACUCUGACCCAACAGAGCAGAGGGCACCGAGAGUUACCGGAGAACCUGACAGUCUCUGCGCACCUCCAAGGAAAGCUGUCACACGGCAGACAUGCACCCAUCCAAUCAUCACAGCCAUGGAGGUCCGUGCACGUCAACGCGCAGCGCGAAGGAAGGAAGUCGAGGAACUCAAGAUAAAGAAGGAAGAGGAAAAACUGGCUGAGAUGAAAGCCGCGGAGGAGCAGAGGCAAUGGGAGGAGGAGGAGGAGAAGCGCAAAGCAGCGGAAAGGAAGAGGGAGGAGAAAAGGCAGGAAAGAGAGAGGGAAGAGGAAAAGCAGAGGCAACUGAAAAGGCAACAGGAGCUCCUGAAGCUGGCCGAUCAACACUACCACAGAAACUUGCUGCUACGGCGAGGCCUGGCGCCAUGGAAAUGCCUCAUUCAGCUCAGACAAGCCAACAUACAGCUGGCCGAGCGUCAUUACAAUCUCUUCCUCCUGAGGCGGUGCACACUAGGCUGGCAGCAAUCAGCAAGAGAGUCCCUGUCUGAGAAAGAAGCUUCUGUUGACCAACUGCACCAGCACUUUUUGCUUCGGAGGAGCUUAAGCUGCUGGAAAAGACUAAAGGACUGGCGGAUGAUUCAAAGGGAGAGAGCUGAGCGUUUCUAUCGCACUCGCACCCUGAGGAGGUUUCUGCUGGCGUUGCUGGACCAUGUGACCCAGGAGAGGCUGGUGGCGUGGGACAGUCGGGAGCUGGCUCAGGAGCACAGUGACAGACGGGUGCUGCGGCGAUGUUUGCUGGCCUGGAGGCAGCUUCCCUGUCUGCUGCGCAAGGAGAGAGUGAGGGAGGAGCGGCGGGAGAAGCUGGGACGGAGAGUGACGGAGGUUCUGCCUGAUUUCUGCUCCCAUCCACAGUAAAGCAUCUGGGAGAAGCGGACAUGGUGGGAGACAAACUGCACAUCCACACAGAGGACACAAAAACAUCUCCUGGAGAGGACACGCAUCCAAACACAAAAUUAAUCUUUCUCACAUUCAUUUAAUGAAAAUAAAUUACAUUAAUUUCAUUCAAACACAA